UCCAGUUUCCUGCUUUUUUUAAAUGAGUACCUGUGCUUGACCCACCUCUGCCCGUGACAGAUCAGGAAUAUCAGCUUUUCUCUCUCCUUUCCCCUCCUCCUCCUUCACCCACUCCCACUCCGUUAUUUCGGGGAUGAUCCACGGUUUGGCGUCGCUGCUCACCUGAGCUCGCUCACCUGUCGGAGUAACUUCCCCCCCUCUCAGAGCGAAGCGGGGAGAAAAAGAGGGGAAAAAAAAAACAAAAAAAAGGAAGAGGAGCGACACCUUGUUGAGUCUGCCUCCUUGCCUCGCGAGCCUCACCUGCGUGGCUCCCUUUCCCCGCAGCGGAUCGGUUUCACGCGCCCAGAAUGCCGAGGGCCUUUCUGGUGAAGAAGGCGAACGUUUCGCCCGGAAAGCGGAACUGGAGCGAGCUGCCCGACCACGAGCGCGGGGACGUUUACAUCCCAGUUUCCAUCUUCCCCUCCUCUGUCCUGGGACUGGAGGCUGAGGCCAGCCCGGCUGAGACGGCGCCACUCUGCCUCACCAAACACCCCCAGUUGGACACACGGCCAGAGCUGCCGUCCAGCACCAUCCUCGGCCGGCCCCAGAGCCCGGCAGGUUCCCUGGAGGGGCGGUCCGAACUCAAGAGGAGGUCGCAGGGAGGUUCUACCUACGUCCGAGCCAAAAUCAAGGUGACCACAGGCGAGUUGCCCCCGGAUCCGUCGCCUCUCGCUCUCACUCUGGGAUCGGUUCCCGCUCCAACGCAAAGAACGCCACAAGCCACUGUGAUACCACCUACCUCAAAUCCAGCCCCGCCCCCAGCUGAGGUGGUUCCUAUGGUAACCCAGCCCUCAGGUCAAAGUCAAAAUACGUCCACAACAGCAUCAGGAGGAUUUGUGUGUCAGGUUUGUCAGAAGACCUUCCAGUAUCAGCGGAUGCUCAACAGACACGUCAAGUGUCACAACGAGACCAAGAGACAUCUGUGCACCUUCUGCGGGAAGGGUUUCAACGACACCUUCGACCUCAAGAGACACGUCCGCACGCAUACAGGCGUGCGUCCGUACAAGUGCAGUCUCUGCGACAAGGCCUUCACGCAGCGCUGCUCGCUGGAGUCGCACAUGAAGAAGAUCCACGGCGUCACGCUGAAGUACGCGUACAAGGAGCGCCGCAACAAGCUGUACGUCUGCGAGGAGUGCGGCCACACGGCGGGGACUCAGGACGACCUGGCGGUGCACCUUCACACACUCCACCCCGACAGCCCCCUGUUGAAGGGGAAGGCCGCCCGCAGGCUGGCAGGGGGAGGAGCCGGGGGAGGGUCCGUCGCCGGGUCCACGCCGGGGUCCCCACGGGAGGGCGACAGCGACGAUACCAGCGGCUCCGCCGGGCAGUAGAGGAUAAGGACUUUGGAGGAAAUGGUGGAGUCACAAACCAGGAAAGCUGCUUCAUCAUAUUUACAGUUCUAAGGUGGAGACUCAUGAAUGUACCUGUUGGAUUUGGGCUUUUAUGUACAUAACUGUUGCUAAAGGAAUCAUUCACACAUUUGUGACCUUCCCCGUCUGAUAUGAUGCUGAUACUUUGUGUGGUAUAGACUCUAUGAGAUCUCUGGAUGAUCCACCGUCUGAUCCGGGAAUGUUUUGUUGAUCUGUGUAUUUCUAUGAGGGACUUUAUUUACUUUGGGUAUCUUUGUACAGCAGAAGAGAAAUGUUUUUCUAUGAAAAAUACUUAAUGCAUUAAAGUGAGUAAUAUAUUA